AUGGUUUUACUUUAUGUUAAUAUCUUAAGGAGCAGUCGUUUCUGUUCUCUGUCUGCACAUCUGACAAGAAACUACAAACAAGCUGGACUUCAUGUGAAGAAGGCACCCUUCUCUUCUCAGAUCAGCUGUUAUAGAACAACAAACUCUGUUCACCUCAGAUCCCCUCAGACAGCACCGCAUCUCUUACUCUGUAGCAAUGGGAGGAGAGCGUGUUUCCAGAUUACUCCCAGCCCCACCUCACCCCUGCUCUCAGGACCCCACUUCCACACCUCUGCCCCUGUGAGGGCCCUGCCUGCUCCUCUGCUGUGGCUGCUGCUCAAACCUCUACAGAAGAUCGCAGCUGUAAUCCUGGGCAGGAGUAUCAGGAAGUGGUGGGUGGCUCUACCACCAAACCGCCGGCAGCUCAUGCGCGAAUGGGUUCGUCAUCGCCGCUGGCAUCUGAUAUCUGGAGCAGGCGUUGCUAUGGUGAUUUUAGCCCUCCUUCUCCUUACCCACCUGAACGAGUCCCCGGUGACGGGUCGGACCCGCCUCCUGGUGUUCAGCCGAGAGAAAUACAUGGAGCUGGCAGCUCUGACUUCAGAGGCGUACAUGGAGGAGUUUGCAGAGCUGUUGGUUCCUGUCACUGACCCCCGUCACCAGGUGGUGGAGCGGCUGGUGCAGCAUCUGGCAGAAAGAAACAAGGACAUCCCUGAAGUGUCUGAUGUCUCCUGGAGUGUCCAUGUGGUGCAGAGUCCUAACGUCAACGCCUUCGUCCUCCCGGACGGGAAAGUGUUCAUGUUUACGGGGAUGCUGGAGACUGUGGCUGACGUUCACCAGCUCACCGUUGUCCUGGGACAUGAGAUGGCUCAUGCUGUUUUGGGGCACUCUGCAGAACAGGCCAGUCUGUCUCAUGUCGUGGACCUGCUGUCUUUUAUACUGCUGACAGCCAUCUGGGCCGUGUGUCCUCGAGACAGCCUGGCUGUGCUGGGACACUGGGUACAGGAGAAGCUCUCCCAGUUGAUGUUCAGCCGUCCCUACAGUAGGAAACUGGAGGCUGAGGCCGAUCAAGUCGGAUUACAGUUGGCUGCGAAGGCGUGUGCAGAUGUGCGAGCAGGACCCGUAUUCUGGCAGCAAAUGGAAAUCAGGGACCAGCUGACAGGAGAGACCACCGUGCCCGAGUGGAUGUCCACACACCCCUCUCACAGGAACAGAGUCACUCAGCUGGACCGCCUCGUACCACAGGCUCUGGAGCUGAGGGAGAGCUGCGUCUGCCCUGCUCUACCUGCUAUAGACCCUCGCGUCGUCUUCACCAAAAGUGUCCGUGUGAUGCUGGAGGCCGCUAAGAACCAGGGGAGAGGAGGGCCAGAAGGGGCACGCAAGCCCCCCCUGCCCCGCAGCCCAGCCUCACUCCUCACUGGACUGCCUGCUGCUCUACUUGCCCAAAAUGACCUCUAUCCUUCCCCAAAUUUAGAUCGAGAAAUGAAAGGCCAAGUCUCAUUCAUAGCAUCAGAGUCAGCGGUAACAGCCUCUGUCCCCGCUCCUUCUGAGGGAGAAGGAUCCCAGUCUAUGGGGCAGAGCACCAGCUGACAGGGGUGUUAAAUAGUCCCACAAUUGUAGUUGUCAAAGACUUUUUGAAUGUGUGAAUGAGUGAGUGAUUGGUUGGUUUGUAUAUUGGUGAGCUAGCAUAAUCAUCUUAAUAAUGGUCUAUUCAAUUUCAUUGACCUUGUUUUCAUAAGUGUUAAACGGGGUAAAGCUUCCACCUUUGAUCAGGGGAACCCAAGGUUUGUCUUUUUCUCGGCACUAAAGACUCCUAUAUUUUGCUAGAACUAUGGAGGCUGGACGUGGGUUUGGAUCUGGGUAAAGAAGUAGCUUUGGAGAAGAAAUGGUGGAAAAACCCGUAAAAUAUAAAACAUUAUAUUAAAAGAGUUCAAGCCCCCUCCGAACUCUAUUGCAACACCCUGCUGACUGUGCUUUAAAGCAUUGUAUUCAUAACUAGUGACUACAAAGAGGCCACAUUAAUUAGAUGACCUCUCAAUGCAGAAUGAAUCUUAGUAAAGCUCCCAUACAUUGCCAGAUUAAUAUGUGCAUUAUUCAUUGACACAUGGCAACAGAUGAGAGUAAGCACUUUGUGUGCAUGUCGGAGGCUCCGUCCAUGGCAGGCAGAGGACAUCUACAUUCUAAUUAUGACUGCUGCAUUAUCAUGCCACACACACACACACGGCACUUUAUGUAUUCUCUACCCUGAGGGACUUAAUGGUGUAAAUGUAUGCCGUGUUGUUUGCAGGUUUUAAAACAUAGCCUUUUGCACAGGAAUGCCAAUAUCUAGCGUCAAGCUUUGUGAAAUCUUUCAUGGGAUUUUGUAAAUUCCUAUUUAACAAGUCAGGUUGACUGAGAAAACAUCCUUAUUUACAACAACAGCCUGCGGGAGCAGUUGCACAAUGAAGAGGGGAGAACAGUAAUGGUUCAUAUCUCUGUACAGGAACAAAGUAGCACACUGUGUUAAACUGUGAAAUCAAAAGUACUGCUGUGUUUUCAUAUGGGAUAUGUUGUAAUAUUUGUGCCAUGCAUUUUAGGUUUAGGGUCUGUAUCAGCUUACAAACCAAAAGGGAGCACUUCAGUUGUGUGCUGUGGAAGCUUUGUCUAACUGCAUCAGGGUUGGUCGAUAAUAAAGGCUGUGUCUAUAUUAGAAUAAGUGGUCAGUGAUAGGGUUUACACAAAAAUGUGAAAUGAAAUGCCACAGGGACGUGCUCUGUUUGCAAGUGGCAGACAAACAAUAAAAACUUGAAAAAAUG